AUGGAUGUGGCAGAGUUUCGUCGCAGAGGGAAGGAGAUGGUCGACUAUGUGGCUGACUACCUGGAGAACAUAGAGCAGCGACAGGUGUGUCCAGAUGUGGAGCCAGGCUACCUGCGAUCCAUGAUCCCUACAGAGGCCCCGCUGGAACCAGAGACAUACGAAGAUAUCAUAAAAGAUGUAGAGAGGGUCAUCAUGCCUGGGAUCACUCAUUGGCACAACCCCUACUUCUAUGCCUACUUUCCAGCAGCUUCAUCUUUUCCUGCCAUGUUGGCUGACAUGCUGUGUGGAGCCAUCGGCUGCAUUGGAUUCUCCUGGGCUUCCAGCCCAGCCUGCACAGAGCUGGAAACAGUGAUGUUGGAUUGGCUGGGGAAGAUGCUUCAUCUACCUGAAGACUUUAUUGCCGGGAGUCACGGACAGGGAGGCGGUGUCAUCCAGGGCACAGCCAGUGAAGCCACCCUGGUGGCCUUGCUUGCGGCUCGCUGUAAAGCGAUCCGACUGGUCCAGGCCUCUGAUCCCAAACGCCCAGAAGCCGACAUCACCUCCAAACUGGUGGCCUACACCUCUGACCAAGCGCACUCCUCCGUGGAGCGGGCUGGUCUUAUAGGUGGAGUGAUGAUGAAAAAAAUACCUACAGAUGACAGCUACUCUGUUAGAGCAGAGACGCUAAAGAAGAUGCUGCAGGAAGACAAGGCGGCUGGACUUAUCCCUUUCUACUUCUGUGCGACUCUCGGCACCACUCCCUCAUGCGCGUUUGAUCACAUCUCUGAGCUCGGGCCACUAUGUAACACAGAGAAAAUCUGGAUGCACAUUGAUGCAGCGUAUGCUGGGAGUGCAUUCAUCUGCCCUGAAUUUAGACAUUUUUUGAAUGGUGUAGAGUUUGCAGACUCUUUCAAUUUCAACCCCCACAAAUGGCUUUUAGUCAACUUUGACUGCUCUGCAAUGUGGGUGAAGAAGAGAACUGAUAUUAUUGGGGCCUUCAAGAUGGAUCCCCUCUACCUCACACAUGACAACCAAGAGUCAGGGCUGGUCACAGAUUACAGGCAUUGGCAGAUUCCACUGGGCAGAAGGUUUCGCUCGCUGAAGCUGUGGUUUGUCUUCCGCAUGUAUGGGCUCACAGGUCUGCAGGCCCAUAUUCGCAAGCAAGUACGCCUGGCCAAAGAGUUUGAGAGUCUGGUAAGAGCAGACAAGCGGUUUGAGGUCUGUGCUGAGGUCAUCAUGGGACUUGUCUGUUUCAGGCUAAAGGGUUCCAAUGAGCUGAAUGAGGCCUUGCUGAAAAAGAUCAACCGCAGCAGGCGGAUCCACCUGGUGCCUUGCCAGCUCUCUGGCCGCUUUGUCCUGCGUUUUGCCAUUUGUGCCCGCACCACAGAGUUGCGCCACAUCCAGAAAGCUUGGCAGCACAUCAUGCAGCUGACGCACAGUGUCAUGGAGGAGCUGCCCCAUUGA